ACUGACUGUGCGCCGUUGGGUGUGUUCCUACAUCUCGAACCCGUCGUAACAGAUGAAUAGUGCGGGGCCCGAAAGCCACAAGUCCAAACAACACGCAUACACACGCGUGUACGAUACAAACAAAAAAACAGCACACAGCCUCUGCGCUUUGUGCCAAAGGCUGCCGUGCAGUCAAGGCCCCGUCCACUCGACAUUGAUGCUGAUGGUGGCCUCAAGGUGAGACGAGCACGAGGCGCGUUCUCUUUCCCCAGGCUGGCCAGCAACGCGACCUUCGUGCUGGGCACCGUGGCGGAGGGCGCCCGCGGCUCCGAGCUGGUGCUGCGCGUGGCGCGCGAGUGCGACGCGCAGCGGCGACUUCGUGGCGACGGUGAAGGCGGUGGCCUCCUGCAGCAGCUGAGCGCCAUGCUCGGCUGGCAGCACCAGCACGACGCCGUCACCAAUGCUGCCGGCACCCUCGGCACCCUGGUGGGUGCGGUGGCUAGGAGGUGUUAACGCCCUCGCCUGAUGUAAAGGGUGGCAUGGAUUCGAUGCCGACCCCGACGCCUGCUGUGUUUUUGGAGUCUGCGUGUCUCUCUCUCUCUCUCCCCGUGGAUUUCUCUCCGGGUUCUCCGGUUUCCCCCUCCACAUUCAGAAUCAACGUCACGCGUCCGGAGUAUUUGAACUUUCAUUUGUGGCCAGGUCGCUUCUGAAAAACAGCUACAUAGCUCAGUGCGCCUUACCUGCUUAAGCGCACACUGUGAUACUCCACAAUUCACCUGCCUCUGACUACGGGGCCAAGCAGGGCCAGGGGCGGGGUUCACGAAGCGUGACGUCGGUCAGUACGCGGUGAGGAAGCAGCUUCAUCACGCGCCGCCUGCACGCGACGCCACUCGCUCAUCACGUGCGAAGUCGGCGGGAGUGGAAUACCAACCUGGCCCCGGGCCGGCUCGUAGGUGUCGGUGGCGACUGUCGUCGUUGUUGUCGUCGUCGUUGUCGUCGUUGUUGUUGUCGUUGUUGUCGUCGUUGUUUAGGCCGAGAGCGCGGCGGGGAGGGAGUGGCUGCUGUCCGAGGGCUGCGCCGACGCGGUCAUCGAGCAGGUGACGGCGCUGCUGGGCGGCCAGGCCGGCUGGGCGGCGAGCAACGCGGCGCUGGUGCUGGCGCGCAUCUCCAUCAGCGAGGCCGGGUGCCGGCGGCUGCUCGCUCACCGUGACGCCGCCGCCACCCUCCAGCGGCUCGUCCAGUCCCUCAGCGUGGACAGCACAGGUCACGUGACCCGCGGCGCCUACGCGGCCACCACCGUGACCACCGGCACCGCCGCCGGCACGCCACGUCGAUGCCUGCUGCAUGCGUGCACGCGUGUGUACAUGUGUGUGCACGCGUGUGUACAUGUGUGCGCACGCGUGUGCACAUGUGUGUGCACGCGUGUGUACAUGUGUGCGCACGUGCAUCGUGUUAUGAGACGGAGGCUCCAUCUGGAACUGUCACAGAGCAGCGCAGUCCUUCGUCCCACGGAAGCGAAUGUCACAGAGCUACCUCUGAGAUCAGCUUCUUGAAGUCACACUCUGGUCCCUUCUUGAAGUCACACUCUGGUCCCUUCUUGAAGUCACACUCUGGUCCCUUCUUGAAGUCACACUCUGGUCCCUUCUUGAAGUCAAACUCUGGUCCCUUCUUGAAGUCACACUCUGGUCCCUUCUUGAAGUCACACUCUGGUCCCUUCUUGAAGUCACACUCUGGUCCCUUCUUGAAGUCACACUCUGGUCCCUUCUUGAAGUCACACUCUGGUCCCUUCUUGAAGUCACACUCUGGUCCCUUCUUGAAGUCACACUCUGGUCCCUUCUUGAAGUCAUACUCUGGUCCCUUCUUGAAGUCACACUCUGGUCCCUUCUUGAAGUCAAACUCUGGUCCCUUCUUGAAGUCACACUCUGGUCCCUUCUUGAAGUCACACUCUGGUCCCUUCUUGAAGUCAAACUCUGGUCCCUUCUUGAAGUCACACUCUGGUCCCUUCUUGAAGUCACACUCUGGUCCCUUCUUGAAGUCACACUCUGGUCCCUUCUUGAAGUCACACUCUGGUCCCUUCUUGAAGUCACACUCUGGUCCCUUCUUGAAGUCACACUCUGGUCCCUUCUUGAAGUCACACUCUGGUCCCUUCUUGAAGUCAAACUCUGGUCCCUUCUUGAAGUCACACUCUGGUCCCUUCUUGAAGUCACACUCUGGUCCCUUCUUGAAGUCAAACUCUGGUCCCUUCUUGAAGUCACACUCUGGUCCCUUCUUGAAGUCAAACUCUGGUCCCUUAUUGAAGUCACACUCUGGUCCCUUCUUGAAGUUACACUCUGGUCCCACACACAGUGGAGGGGGCAGCACUUUCUCACUUGCGCUGCGUACGGGAGAGAAAGGUUUGUCCCUUGACAGCCAAACCGGUGUUUGUCGAUCCUCAGAGCAGAAAUUUUGAGCAGCACCAAAUUGUAAACGUCAUGGGGGAUUCUUUGUGCAGCGAUUGUGAUGGGCAUAUUGUCAACUUUCUUUGAGUUGGUGGCCUCGACAAGGCGGAGAGUCUUGUGCAUGCAAUGUGGUGGUCACUUGGCACGCAUGCAAGGCAUUAUGGGAAGUCGUGCCUUCCUGCCGUCUGUGAGCAGCAGCAGCAGCAGCAGCACACCCUUGCACGUGUUUCGCGAUCGUGCUUGGACCUGAAAAUCCACUGCACUUGAGAACCCAGUUUAACCGCAGUGGUGGUGUCGCCAAAACCCGGAUUGGAACCAAGCAUCUCGGCGAUGCCGCUCGACACCCCGGCACGCUAACAGCACUUGCCCCAACAUCCUGUUAAGGCUACACGGGGGACCUCUGUUGUGCGUGCGUGCUUGCGCAGGCUGCGGGAUGAACGCCGCGUUUGCCCUGGGCCGACUUUGUGACCUGCCCGCCGGCCGAGACCGCCUCCUGGGUCUGGGUCAGGCCGACAGCAUGAUCUCGGCGCUCUUCGCCAUGGUUU